GGAAUCUUUGGCAUAUAAGCCCCCCUUCCCAUUCCCUUUGAAAGAAAACAAGACAUGGCUACCCUAUUUGUGCUUCCUUUAAUUAGCCAAAAUUGAGGAUAAUAAUUUGGAACAGUGCUACUUGUUGAGCUGACCAACCAUGUUUCCUUUACAACGAGGCAAUGAGCUGGUGAUCCAGUUUUCUAAUGGUCUCCACCAGCAGCACAAAAUCUCCCAAGAUCUGAUUCUGGAUGAUCACGUUUCCGAUAAAAAAUUGCCUACAAGCCGCCCAAACAAACUAUUUUAUGAGCCCGGCCACGCUAAUUCUAACGAAUAUACAAAAAAGAUGGUUCACAGAGAGAUUGAAAGACAAAGGAGGCAAGAAAUGGCUACCCUUCAUGCCUCUCUUAGAUCCCUCCUGCCUCUUGACUUCAUCAAGGGAAAGCGUUCCAAAUCUGAUCAAAUGAACCAGGCAGUGAAUUACAUAAACCACCUGCAGAAGAAUAUUAAAGAAUUGAGUGACAAGAGGGAUGGACUGAAGAGGAAACUCUCCAUAAAUCAAAGCCUCGAAAGCCACCAUGAGACCAAGCAUGCUUCUGGAGGUUUCACUGUUCACCAGAAUAGUGGAGGCGGAGCUGUGGGGAUUGAAAUAAGUGGAUUCGGUGAGGAAGGAUUCUCACUUUCUAAAUUGCUUCAACUGCUGUUAGAAGAACGACUUGAAGUUGUUAGUUGUCUUUCAACUCAAGUCAAUGGCAGAUUACUCCACAGUGUGCAGUGUGAGGUUGACAAUUCCGACAGUGUAGAUCUAUCUGAGCUGAGAAGGAAAUUUUCUGAGUAACUUGGUGGUUUGGAAAUUAACACAUGACACACAUCUUUCUAACUGUUUCUUAUAUAUAGUUUAUUAGACUGAGUUUGCUUGCACUGUAUAUAUUGGAACCCCUCUGACUACUAUUUGGUUUUGAACCUUCUGCUUCCUUUGUUGGGUGUGAUAAGAGAAGGAAAAAACUUGU